GUUACACAUAAUGAAUGAUCAAACUAAACAACAAAAUCCCUCUGCUCCAACAAUCCUUCCAGCAAAACGAAGGCGCGGUCGCCCUCGGAAAGAUGAAGGUGAAGCUAAAAGAAUGAUCUUGCAGACUCCAACAACUCCAGCACCAGAAAUCAUGAGGCAAAAAGAUAUCACUACUGAUGAAAACAUGUUAGGACAAAGUGUUUCUGGUGUCAUUGAUGGUACUUUUGAUGCAGGGUACUUCCUUUCUGUCAAGCUUGGUAACAACGCCACCACGCUCCGCGGAUUAAUCUUUGAGCCGGGGCGAUUUUCUCCCAUAACAGCAGCAAAUGACAUUGCCCCACAAGUGAAAAUGCAUCACAGAAGCCAAGUUAUAACUCUACAAGAUCAAGAAAAUGGUAGUACUAAUGAGCAGCUGAAUGUGUCUCCAGAACAAGUUUUGUUGCCUUCUGAUCAUCCAUUAGUACGUAACGAUCAACGUGCUAAUCCAGAUGAAAUGAUCAAACAUCAACCACAGUUUACCCCUUUAUUGGAAAACCUUAGAAUGGUUGAACAAGACGAGGUGAUGGAGGUGUUUGAAGUCGCGAACCAAUCAGGUUUCGAGUUAAAUGCAGAACAAGGUAAAUGUACCAAUGGACAGAAGAGUACUCAGAGACAACUUACAGACUCAAUCUCAAUAAUUCAGCCAGGUACUCUUGUUUGUUCUGAUCUCAACAGCUCAAACGACGAGAUCCAUCAUAAUAAUGUUGUCGAUGGAUCACAAGAACUGGGAUCGAAUCAAAAACAGAUCGAAGCUGAAGUGGAGAACAACAAGUCUAAUCUUGAAACUUUAGUUCAGCCAACAGAGUUGGUUCAUUGUGAACUAAAGAAACUCGAGAUCCAUCGAGCUCCUCCUAUAGAUGCUCAAACUCAACUCAUUCCAACAAUCAAUCCAGAGCUUCAACUGAAUGAUUUGUCACAAAGUGGACAAGGGAAUCAAGAUUUUCAACCUCACCAAACUCCGUCAUUCGUUGAACUUAACUUUCUAGCACAAGAAACAGUAGCAGCAGAAAGUGAAGUAAAGCCAAGUGAUUCAAUUCACAAUGAACUACAUUUUGUUGACAUGCCUCAACAUAAUGUUACUAGUGACACUCAAGUUAUGCCUCAAGAAUCAAUCAGUGAAUCAGUGGACUUUACGAUGGAAAUGCGAAAUUCUCCAAAGGAAAAGCAAAGUACUGAUGUUGGAACAGAAGUUGAGUUUGUAGGAAAGGAAGAAACUUAA